AAAAAUAUAUUGAAUUUCCCUUUUGGAAAAUGUAUUGGGAAAUAUCAGGCGAUAAUAUUAGGUCCUGAUACAUUUGACUGAUUGUAGCUGCUAGUCCACAGCUAUUUUUUACGGUCUCUGGCCCACAGAUCAUAUGAAUUAUUUGUUACCACGAUGUAGCAAUUCCUAUAAUAACGAUUAACUAGCAAGCUAAUGGUCUGUUCUCUGUACGGCGAAUUUCGAAAAAUGAACUUGAAUAACAAGCAAUCUAGUGCAAUCUUUUUGCUGUUUAGCCGUCUGAUAAGGUAACAUUCUUCUGCAGCGAUGACAAUGGGCAUUCAGACAUGUUUGCUGUUGACCGUUGGCUGAUGCCACUGACUUGUGUAACUUCGAUUUGUUUAGUUGGCUAGUUCGACACGUAGAUCUCGCGGAUCCCUCACAUCGCACGAAGACUAGCUCGCGGUUUAACUUUUUCAAGCUAAUGCGUUAUGAAAUUCUGUUCUUUUCUUUUUCAGAUAUUGUGUAAUUUACUGCGUGCCAGGAUAAAUCUCACAUGUGUUCUUCGUUUUCAGUAAUUUAAAAUGGUAGUGGAGGUGGAGAACUUCUUCGGUGUGUACAUGUUGUACUGCACUAAUCCCAAAUUCAAGGGUCGCAUUUACAUUGGCUUCACGGUGAAUCCAGAACGCCGGAUAGGGCAGCAUAACGCCGGGCGACACAGGGGUGGAGCUAAAAGGACCAGUGGAAGAGGACCAUGGGAAAUGGUUCUCAUCAUUCAUGGCUUUCCAUCGGACAUUGCAGCUUUGAGGUUUGAGUGGGCAUGGCAGCACCCCCACUCCUCCCGCCGCUUGGCCCACGUGGCUCGACGGACGCGCCGUGAGUCCAGCCUCCAGUUCCACUGGCGUGUGUUGUCGCACAUGUUACGGGCGGCGCCGUGGAACCGCCUACCACUCACUGCUCGCUGGCUGAGACAGGAGUACCAGCUAGACUUCGACCCCAGCCUCCAUCCCCCUCUGCACAUCCCUGUGGCUUUCGGUAGCGUGCGAGCCAAGAAGCAGUUACACGAAGCCCCUGGAGAGGAGCAGCUGGAGGAACAAAGACUGGAGACCUGCCUGCUGUGUCGGGAGACUGUACAUACUGUAGACAGGUUGUCCUGUUUACAUCACUUCUGUCAAAUGACUAGUCACAUGAUUUGCUUAGCCAAGCACUUUCUCAAGUCUGAGCCCACCCAUCUACUUCCUGUGGAAGGGGAAUGCCCUGGCUGUCAACAUUCUGUGCUAUGGGGUAGUCUGAUUCGUCAGAAGAAAGGCUGCUAUGGCGACUUGGAAGAAAUUACAGGAUCAUCAUCAUCCCAGAGCCAUUGGACAGAUGAACUGCAGAUCUGAAGAGAGCCUGUUCUGGCACAAAUGGUGCCAACAAGAAUUUAUUCCAUGCUAGACAGAUUUGAUGAUGACCCUCACAUUGUACAGAUUGUGCGCAUAGUGCAUGAGAAUGGUGUGGGUAAAUUGGACAAGGCAUUUGUCAGAAAUGUGUUUAUAACACUGAAAGAUGAAAUGGAAAACUGAGACAUGUCUUUUCAUAAAGGAAAUUAGGUUGUGAGACUCAAUAUUUUAAUUUUAAUAACAUUUUUUAAUGCACAUACCUUUUUAACAAGUGUAAGAGAUUACUUUUUAAAAACGAGGCAGCUACGAUGAUAUUACCAGUACCACUGUAAAAAAAAAAUGGAUUGUAUUUUUUAAAAAGAAUAAAAAGAACGUGAUUACAUCCAAAAUAAUUCAGUUUUAAUUAUAGCCUUACGCAUGAAGUCCAUAAGUCAGGACUGUUCAUUGUAUGUAUUCAGUAUCCUUUUGUCCUUUUCGGAUUACCAUUGUCCAACUGUGGUUGGUGGUUUAUACAGUACCAUUUUGUAUCAAUGGUAGUUCGCUGUUCCAGUAUUGCUAAUUACCGUAUUUGUCGCCAAACCUAAUAACAAUGGGGGCCCCUUGCUUGAGGGGUGCCUGACAGCGAGCUGACUAUCAGAGGUAUCGCCAGCUGUUGGAUGCACUGGUACACGGAAGGAAAGUCCACAUGCUGUGAUUUGGGAAUCUUCUGAGACAAGUCCAACGUGAAAUCUGUUGUUUCAAAGUUGCUGUAGACUUCGUAAAUUGGACAAAUGUUGGACAGACUGGCUAGUUACACAUAAGGGAUUUUUAAGCUUGUUCUCUCAGUAGCCAUUUUUUAAAAAUUCUAAAUAAUGCAGUAAACACGAUGAAUAUUGUUCUGUUAUGUUAGAAACAGUGCACCCAAGAAACUUCCCAGUGCCAUGCUGUAGCUGAGGCCCAGUUCUGUGGGUCCAACCCACAGAACAGUAACUUUAAACAAAAACAGAAAA